AUGGAGGCGCACCAUGAGGACGAGGUGUUGUUUCAAGGGCUGAAAAAAUUGUGGGUGUGGCUGAGUGGAAGCGCACCAAUCUUCGAUGCAGGAGAGAAGAAGCGCAGGGGGAAGGAGCUGGCGGAGGACCAGGAACGGGAGAGGGUAGUGCGCGGGCUGGAGUGGGAUCGUGAGGAGUCAGAUGAGGACUACGACGAGGAGGCCUAUGAUGAAAACCAGGCUCAGGAGGACGACCCUUUCCGCGACGAGGAUGAGGGAGAGGAUGUGGAGGAGAUAGCCAUGGAUUUGAUGACUUAA